AAAAGAAAGUUGUGGGGCUGAAACGUGAUGUGGGCAUUCAGAGUACGUCGGUGGAUCUUAGCUCCGGUAGCCCUAGUCCGGCAAAGACGCCUCCGAUCAUGGAACGGUCACUGAAACGACACGUGGAAUCUAAUGAUUCGCCAGUGGAAUUUAAUCUCAAACUAGAAGGUCAACAAGAGUCUUCUUCAACGAACCCGCUUGAUCGGAGAAAACAGCUCAGAAGGUCCGUCGUCGUCAAUGGGGAGCUAUGUGGAGCAAGCUCGUGAGAAUCACGUCAAGAAGAAGGUCGAAGAAGCGCUGCGUAGCAAGAUGAAGGCAAAGGCAUUAAACGAAUGUGAUCAGUACGUCUCCAAGUAUGCUGAAUGCGCCACCGGAAGAACCUUCUCUGUUGUGUGGACAUGUCGUAAGCAAGCUAAAGAGCUCAACACUUGCCUCCAUCAGUUCACCAAUGACAAAGUGUUGGAAGAAAUGAAGAGAGAGUACAUGAUUCAAGAAGAGGGAAAAAUCUCAGCGUCCACCGCAUAAUUGAUUUGAGUCGGACCAGUAUAAAGUGGUCGCUUUGUUUCUUGUUGAUUAUGGACCAGAAAGAUCCUCCUUGUAAUGGAUGCUUUUUUAUAAAAACUGAGUAUUGACUCUGGCCUUUCUACAAUAAGGGUGGUUUACUCACUAUAAGAAAAGUAAAAGAUUUUGUUUGUAGUUCCA